UGAAGAGGAGGACCGAGUAACCAUACCAUGUAUUAUUCGGGUCUUAAACUGUAACGAAAGGGUCGGGUCCUUAAACCCUGCGUAUCUCUGCCUAAUUCCUAUAUGUAAGAAACCACAGCGAAGCGAAAUGGUUAGGACAGUAGCGCCGCAACAACACUCGUAAACCCUUUGGUCCCUGCAACUGCUUUCUGCUUUGGUUCUUGCGGAAUCUCGCCUUCUGGAGUUCGAUUUGUUCGACAAUGGCGGCUGCUCCUUCUGCCAGUCACUCUCCUUCGAUUCCAAAAGGUAUACAGUACCGUUCAAAUCAUGUAAUCUCGAAACCUUCAGUUACCUUCAGAUAUUAUACUCGGUCACUUACAGUAAGGUCGGCCGUGUCGGAGAACCGUACUACUAUCACCGCCAAGCCAAAGGAGAAGAAAUUCCAGCACUGUUUCAGCAAGUCUGCUGAUGGGUUUCUCUACUGUGAGGGCAUGAACGUUCAAGAUAUUGUGGAUUCGGUGGAGAAGAGGCCGUUUUACCUCUAUAGUAAGCCCCAAAUUACACGAAACGUUGAAGCGUAUCAGGAAGCGCUGCAAGGCUUGAGAUCGAUUAUCGGUUAUGCCAUCAAAGCCAAUAAUAACCUGAAAAUUCUUGAGCAUUUGAGACGAUUGGGCUGCGGUGCUGUGCUAGUUAGCGGGAAUGAGCUGAAAUUGGCGCUUCGCGCAGGCUUUGAUCCAGCAAGGUGCAUAUUUAAUGGUAAUGGGAAGCUCUUGGAGGACCUUGUGCUGGCUGCCCAAGCAGAAGUUUUUGUUAAUGUGGACAGUGAAUUUGAUUUGGAAAAUAUUGUGUUAGCGGCUAGAACUGCUGGAAAGAAGGUCAAUGUGUUGCUUCGGAUCAAUCCUGAUGUUGAUCCUCAGGUUCAUCCUUACGUUGCUACGGGGAAUAAAAACUCCAAAUUUGGUAUUAGAAAUGAGAAGCUGCAAUGGUUUCUGGAUGCUGUGAAGGCACAUCCUUUGGAGCUGAAGCUGGUGGGUGUCCAUUGCCAUCUUGGAUCUACCAUUACCAAGGUGGACAUAUUCAGGGAUGCUGCAAUCCUUAUGGUGGGCUUCAUUGAUCAAAUCCGAGCCCAAGGCUUUGAAAUUGAAUACCUUAACAUUGGAGGUGGUCUCGGAAUAGAUUAUCGCCACGCUGGUGCUGUCCUUCCAUCACCCAUGGAUCUCAUCAACACUGUCCGGGAGCUGGUUCUUUCUCAUAACCUUAAUCUCAUCAUUGAACCUGGGAGGUCGCUUAUUGCCAACACUUGUUGCCUUGUUAACCGAGUGAUUGGGGUCAAAACAAAUGGGACGAAAAAUUUUAUUGUUAUUGAUGGAAGCAUGGCUGAACUUAUACGACCAAGUCUUUACGAUGCUUAUCAACACAUAGAGUUGGUUUCUCCCCCACAGCCUGAUGCAGAGAUUUCCACAUUUGAUGUGGUAGGCCCUGUCUGUGAGUCUGCAGAUUUCUUGGGAAAGGACAGAGAGCUCCCUACUCCUGCUAAGGGAACUGGUCUCGUAGUUCAUGAUGCAGGAGCAUAUUGCAUGAGCAUGGCAUCAACUUACAACCUCAAGAUGCGACCACCUGAGUAUUGGGUUGAAGAAGAUGGUUCUGUGGCCAAAAUUCGGCAUGCAGAGACAUUUGAGGACCAUUUGAGAUACUUUGAGGGGCUCUGAAAAGAUGUUUUUGCUCAUCAACCAUAGAUGGGGUCUGUGGCUGAUAAUCGUGGAUGUGGUAUGUUUGUAUGGUUGAAAGAUGAAAUAGAUAUCUCUACCAUACAACAUACAUUAUGUUCAGAAAGCUCAACAUCAACAUCAUCCACACCCCCGUCCACUUCAAACGAGUGCAUGAAAGGAUAUCUGGAAUGGAUACUUAAAGGAUUAGAUGACCAAACAAAUAAGAUGAUAGACAUCCACCAUGCAUUCAAUUCUUUAGACUUGGACAAAAAGUGAAAUUUUGAGAAAUUAUGUAAUAAUUAACUUGGACAAGGCAUUGUUAAUUAUGUACUUUAUUCGUUCUUUUGAAACCAUUUUUUUUUAUUUGGUAUGUAAUACUUUAUUGUCCGAAAGAAUUAGUAAUUUUUAAAUCUAUUUUAAUGUUAUUUUUGUAA